CUUCCUGCUACGCGCUACGUCACAUAGCAUAAUGUAGCGUACACUGAAAAUAUAGCACAGUUUACAUAAAAUACACCGCUUUAUCAUUUCAUGGUCGGAGGCGCGUUCAGGACACUGUUACCAAACAUUUUAGCUAAAUUAGGCGCACCAUGGCGAAGCCUUUCCAUCUGAACACACCGCUGCUGGAGAGCAUCAGCAUGUCUAAACGCGUGGGAACCACCGUGUACCUGAAGAUGGAGAACUCACAGCCCUCUGGCUCCUUUAAGAUCCGUGGCAUUGGACACCUCUGUCAGCAGCUCGCCAGACAGUCCAAAGGAGUCGUCUGCUCUUCAGGUGGUAACGCAGGUAUGGCUGCAGCUUAUGUAGCCAGAAAAAUGGGUGUACCAGCCACCAUCGUAGUUCCCUCCUCAUCUCCUCAGCUGGUUGUUCAGAGACUCCGGGAUGAGGGUGCUACUGUCAAGAUUACAGGCAGGGUUUGGGAUGAUGCGAAUGCAGAGGCUCUCAGACUGGCAGAAACAGAAGGACUCACCUAUGUUCCUCCAUUCGAUCACCCCCUGCUCUGGCAGGGCCACGCCAGUAUGAUCACGGAGGUCGCGGACUCUCUGGGUCCUGGUGUGAGGCCUGGAGCGGUGCUGGUGUCUGUGGGCGGAGGGGGCCUCCUCUGUGGGGUCAUCCAGGGCCUGAAGGACGUAGGCUGGACAGAGGUGCCCAUCAUCGCCAUGGAGACGGUGGGCGCCGACUGUUUCAACGCAGCGGUUAAGGCGGGCAGGGUGGUCACGCUGGCAGACAUCACCAGUGAGGCUAAAUGUCUUGGCGCAAAGACAGUUUGCACGAAAGCUUUUGAAUACAGCCAAAGCAGCGAGCUUACGAUCAUUUCUGAGAUCGUGACUGACCAAGAGGCUCUGCAGGCCCUCGAAUCAUUCCUGGAUGAGGAGCGUGUGUUGGUGGAGAUGGCAUGCGGAGCAGCGCUCGCACCUGUCUACAGUGGACUCAUACGCAGGCUGCAGGAUGAAGGUCGGCUGCCGACUCCCUUGGGCCCCCUGCUGGUGAUCGUAUGUGGUGGUAGCAGCGUCAACGUGAAGCAACUGGCCGACCUCAAACACAAACUGCAGACAUAAACUACUGUGUGUGUGCACGUCCGUGUGCAGGUACAUAGUACUGAACGUGCUUGUGAUUGUGUUGGGCUGAAAAAACCAGCAUCACUUGGAUUAAUGCAAUAAAGAUGGAUUCCCACGAGCUACAGACAUGCAUCGUCUAAUUUAGAAGCAAAUGUGUUAGAAGUGCUGGUGAUUUAGGAAUUAGUGCUUCUAAUGCUGCAGUGUGAUCUUUAAGUGGUGUAAAAUAUAAAAAUGCAAUGACUUUAAUGUGUUCAGUUCUAAAUAAUUGAGUGAGUCAUUACAUGUGAAUAUAUUUUAACCAUGCACAGCUCACUUCACUGCCGCAAUUCAAUUACCAGGUUUGCCCACAUGGUGGUGUCACAGUUCAAUUUUCAGAGAUACAGCGACCAUCCACACAGUCAGAUACAGAAAACUUUGUGGAAAAAAAAGCUCCCCCCCCCUUUUUUUUCACUUCAAACAAAUAUUCGUUGAUGUGAUUUAUUCAUAAAUUAAUUGUAAUUCGGCACUUGCAGUCUUAGGCAUAACAAAAUAGUUUUGCAAUAUUAGUUUUAUUUUUAUACAGUUAAUAUGAAUUAGGGGACCCUCCACCCAAAUAUUUGUGCUUUUGAUUCCUCUUUUGGUCUUUUUGUGGAUAUAUUAGCUGCCUUGGGUUGUUUUCCAAUGCAGUAAUGUGUUUUAGAUGAAAACUCUGCAGACCUUUAAUUGGAUUGUUUCAUGUCAUUUUAAAUUUAGUGGUCCAGUCCAUUUGUGUCACAUGUAGCAACCAAUUACUAUGGAAACGGCUCCUCCACUGUCCUGCCUGCGUGAGAGAAGUCUGUGGAAAGUCUGGCAACCUGUUGUUAGUCUAUACCUUCUUUACGUUCAGACAUUUGUAAAAGAGCACAAACCUGCGAUUUACAUAUUUGAUAAGAGCUAAUUAAUGUAAACAUUGUCACUGGUAUUUAUCAGUUUGCAUUCUUAACUGAAGGUCCGCUUGUUAGUUUCUUCUGGAGCUUUCAGCCACAUCACAUGGCCUUCAUCUGCAAAUGAAGUUUGCUCAGUUGUCAUGCAGACUGUUCAGUUAUGAAGUAUGGAACUUUGGUCAUGUGAUAACAGCGAAACUGUGUAUUCAUUCAGCAUAUGAGGACUUCAUCAAACCCAUUUAGUGAAAACAGGAUGGUAUGUAUUUACAAUUUUUUGCUGUAUCAUAUAAGAAAAAAACAUGAAAAUAGCUUAAAAUAAAUGAAGGGAUUAUGA